AUGAAGCUGUUUGUGGUGGCUUUGACUUUGCUGGGAUUUGGGGGAACGGUUGUUGGAGAUACCAACGCCACAACUACGGGAUACUGGUAAGGCGGCAAGAGGGGCCUAUGGAGUAUCGGGGGAGCAUCAGUCUGUCGGGAAAAUAAUGUGGAUUAUCGCAGCAAAAUUUCCAGCCCGCCUAGCAGUCGCAAAGCAAUAAUGGAAGGGUUCUAAGGCUCCACAUUAUUUUACCGACGGAGAAAUAAGGUGGGCCAAAACACCUGAAACUGCACAGUCCGGUUUUGUUUCGCACUCUGCUGAAUGCGAAAAAUCUAAAGAAAACUAAGAAAACUCGCACUUAGAACACCAUUCCUUGUCAUCACCAAGGGAUCUCAACUCGUCUUUUCUAAACCAUUUCCCUCUCGAAAAACAUCUUCCUUCAAUUCCAGGGACUGUUGCAAGCCCUCAUGCGCAUGGCCAGGGAAAGCGGCACUAAAAACUCGACCUUCUCUUGCUUGCGACAUCAAUGAUAACCCAAUCCAGGACGCGAACGCCUGGUCCGGUUGCGGCGAUAACGGCGUCGCAUACAUGUGCUCCCAUGAGCAGCCUUGGGCCAUCAAUGACACCCUCUCCUACGGGUUUGCUGCUGUGAAAAUCGCGGGCCAAGACGAGAGCGGAUGGUGUUGUGCUUGCUAUGAGCUGACCUUUACUGAGGGUCCGGUGAAGGGAAAGAAAUUCGUGAUUCAAGUGAGUUGUAGGAGAUUUUUGGAAAAUUUAGGGAUUUCUCGGCUUGCGACGUUUAGAUUUGUUUCAAAUUUUGUCCAUGACAUCGAUAUGGGCAGUAAAUAUAUUGCUGAAAAUUUUAUCUUCUGUUUUACAAGGGCAGCCGAGAAAACAAAGGAUCUUUCAGACGAGAGAGUAGUCAAAAUGCAGAGAUCGGUCAGAGAAAAAGUUACUUUUUGGCCAUAUCUUUGCCAAUUUCGUGCGGAAAGUGUUUUUUUUAUGAAAAUGUUACCUUCUCCGUUAGAAACAAGGCCGAAAUAAGGCUGAAAUUUGUCUUGGCUAAAAUCACAGCCACUCUUUUUCCCAAAAAAAUAAAAAAUUCCCCUUUUCAGGCGACCAACACCGGUGGUGAUCUCCAAGACAACCACUUCGACAUGGCGAUUCCCGGCUGUGGUGUGGGCUACCUGAACGGCUGCACCGCCGAGUACAACGCGCCGCCAGACGGUUGGGGAAAGCGUUACGGUGGGAUCAGCCAGGAGAGCGAAUGCAGUCAGCUGCCAGCCAAACUGCAGCCCGGCUGCAAAUGGCGCUGGGAUUGGUAUUUGGGGGCGCAGAUCCCGGACGUCACCUUCAAACGCGUUAAAUGCCCCAAGGAAAUCACGGACAAGAGUCAAUGCAUUCGGGAAGAUGAGGACAGCUUCUGCGGAUAA